AUGGACGGCGACUACGUCUCCGGCCUGCUCGCGGGCACCGUGGGGCUCGACUUCGGCAUGCCGGGCCUCAACGCCGGCUUCUUCGAGACGCUCUGCGGUGCCGGCGGCGCCAGCGCCGCCGGGCUCACCGCCAUGUUCGGGGACCGGGCGGCCGGGAUGCACGGCUUCGGAAACGGCGGCCAGUUUGGGCCCGCGGAGGGGGGCGGCGGGGAGCUCGCCACCGUGUCCCGGGAGGGCUCCUCCGUCUCUGACCCGGCGUGGACGUACGGCGCGAAUGCCAAGAAGCGGAAGGCGCCCGCCGCGGGCACCGCCAAGGGCAAGGAGGCCGCGGCCACCUUCGCCAAGAUGGUGGAGGCGACGGGGCCGGACUCGAAGAAAUGCAAAAUUGAGGACGAGACGGUGAGGCCCAAGGUGGAGGAGGAGGCGGCCACGGCCAGCGACGGGUCGGCCGGCGGGGAGAGGGGCCGGAAGCAGGCCAAGGGCAAGGGCUCCAAGUCCAAGCAGCCGGCGGCGGACGAGCCGCCCAGGGACUACGUCCACGUUCGGGCCAGGAGAGGCCAGGCCACCGACAGCCACAGCCUUGCUGGGAGGGUUAGAAGAGAAAAGAUCACCCUCAAGAUGAAGAUGCUCCAGGACCUAUAAGUGUACUCGUUGAGUCCAGCGCUCGUUGCUUUGCUAUUUCUGCUGAUUGAAAAGCGUGUAUUGGCAUUUUUUUUGUUUCAAUGCGAUUUCGUUGUAGGCUCUGCGUGAGAAGAAAUUGAAAGGGCAGCUCGCUGGAAAAGAGAAGCUAAUCGGAAUAUCUG